AUGUCAUCAUCAACAACAAUGCCAGAGACUGAUGUUUUCCCUACCGUUUCCAUGCCUGUCACCGUAGUUCUGAUUGGCGUUCUUCUCUUUGUAAUUUUUGCCGGGUUCUUCUCUCUCUUUUUCUGGCGAUUUCUUCUAAAUCGGUUGUUUUCAGCUUGGAACCUUCAGCGAACACCUUACGGUGACCUAAUCCAUGUGGCCUCCCCGCCUGAAAACACCAGCCUUGACCCAAUUAUCAUUCGGUCCUUUCCCGAGUUCCUCUAUUCGUCUGCAACAAUGAAAAAUCACGACGUGGUGGAAUGCGCUAUCUGCUUAUCAGAGUUUUCAGAUGAAGACAGUGUGCGGCUUAUAACGGUUUGUCGUCAUGCCUUUCAUUCAAAUUGCAUUGAUCUUUGGUUUGAGCUACACAAGACUUGCCCUGUUUGCCGAUGUGAACUAGACCCGGGCGUGGUCGGAUCUAGAAGCCAUGAAUCUUUGCACCACACAGUCACAAUUACUAUUCAGGACAUAAACCAUGACGAGGAAAAUCCUCUUCCAACUAGUUCAAGCAAAAGGCUAAUGGAUGCAUCGGCUUGGCGUUUCUCGAGGUCACAUUCUACGGGACAUUUCAUGGUUAAGACGACGGAUAUCAAUGUGAAGAUCAAAAGAAGGCAUUACCAAACAGGAAGCUGUGUCUCAUUCGACGAACUUACUCGAUAUGGUGAAGCUACAGGAUGGCUUGGUGAUUCAUCAUACAUUAGCAGGAUUGAAGUCUAG